UCAGACACGGUCUGAGUCAUAAAACGUUACUUUAGUCCCGCGUACUUCUUACGUGUGAACAGAUUAACAGACUCAGAGCUUCACAUCUCUGAACCCCACGGAUUAUUUGAUAAAACACAACAGGGCGGGUUCAGAGCGCAAACGUGGACCGCGUUAACCGGAAUCCCCGAGUAUUAAGUUUUAAUUAAGACCCUAUCGCACCUGCUGGAGGACGAACGAGAGAAAGAUUAAUACGUGUGUGAAAAACGUGGUUAGAAAACCGCCCCACUGUGAAUGGUUUCUUUGUAUGUGACGAUGAUGACGGUGAAGGUGUUUCGCAGUCCGGCCCGUCACGGUUACGCAGUGGAAGUGUCUCCGUAUAUCCCCAGCAGAGUGGCCUGUGCUGCCUCACAGUACUACGGGAUAGCAGGCUGCGGCACACUGCUGGUCCUGGAUCAGACCGAGACCGGGCUCACCUUAGUGAGAAGCUGGGAGUGGAGUGACGGCCUGUUCGACGUGGCAUGGAGUGAAGCUAAUGAGCACAUUUUGGUGGCAGGCGGCGGCGAUGGCAGCCUCCAGCUGUGGGAUACAGCCAAUCACAGUGCUCCACUGAGGGUGGCCAAAGAACACACACAGGAGGUGUACACUGUGGACUGGAGUCAGACUCGAGGAGAAAGCCUGAUAGUUUCUGGAUCGUGGGAUCAAACGGUGAAAGUGUGGGACCCUGCUCUCAGUCCAUCGCUGACCACCCUCAGAGGUCAUGAAGGGGUCAUCUACAGCACCAUUUGGUCGCCUCACAUCCCAGGUUGCUUUGCAUCUGCCUCAGGUGACGGGACGCUCAGAAUUUGGGAUGUGAAGGGUGCGGCGUGCAGAUUGGCCAUCCCAGCGCACAAGGCAGAGAUCCUCAGCUGUGAUUGGUGCAAAUAUGACCAGAAUGUUGUGGCCACAGGUUCAGUGGAUUGUACUGUGUGUGUGUGGGACCUGAGGAACAUCCGGCAGCCUGUCAAUCAACUGCUGGGACACACGUACGCCAUCCGCAGACUCAAGUUUUCUCCCUUUGAUAAGACUGUGCUGGCGUCCUGCUCGUAUGACUUCACUGUCAGGUUUUGGGAUUAUAGCCGACAACAGCCUCUCCUGGAUACUGUAGAGCAUCAUUCAGAGUUUGUCUGUGGAUUAGACUUCAACCUGCACAUCCCCAACCAGGUGGUGGACUGUUCCUGGGACGAGACGGUGAAGGUGUACACACCUGCGUGCCUGUCGGUGGGAGCGCACAGUGCAGCCCCUUAAAAUGCCCACAGACCUCUGAGGACGAUUUCACCUCGGCGCUGGUAUUCGAGCACUUCUCCCCGAUGAAGCCAGUGCCUCGUCCUGAACCAUAACGACUGCUUCGCCGACGCACACCCGACUCUUCACUUCUUCCACAACGUUGUUCAAAAUCCGAGCCUCAAACUGUGAAUGGUUAAGACACACGCCACUGAGACGUCAUUGCUCUGACACUUUGGUACCAAAUCGGAGCCAAAAUUCUGAAAACAUAAGUUUCACAGGUGGCUACUGGACCCUUGUUUCCAUAGGAACUGGAAAACACCAGCCAUCAUGUUUGGGCAGAUGAGCUGGACAUUACUCGGUCCCACGACUGUGAUCGACUCUGUCAGAAUAAAGCAUGUGUUGGCAUGUGUUUGAAAAGCA